AUGAAUAAAAGUGCGGUUAAGAAAACUGGAGCAGUUCCUAGACUACCUUCAUUUCAGCAAUUAAAUGAUACAAUAAAAGAUUCAUCUUCAAGUAAUAAAAAUCCAGAUCAAAAUCAAAAUCAAAAUCAGAAUCAAAAUCAGAAUCAGAAUCAAAAUCAAAAUCCAAAUCAAAAAAUCUUAUCUUAUUCAUCAGCAUUUAAAAAUUUAGCAUUAUAUCAAGAAAGUCAAUUAUUGUCAACAAUUGGAGGUUUAAAUUCAGCAAAUCAACAACAUCAAAGUCAAAUACAAAUACAAACACAAUCUCAACCACAACAACAAAGUAGAUCAAAAGUUCAAUCACAAGAUCAAUUGCAGGAGCAACAGCAACCACCUCCAUCACAAAAACAUCAGAAACAACUACAAUCUCAGCAAUAUCAACUUCAAUUGCAACAACAAAUUCAACAACCUUUACCACCACAGCAACAAUUGCAACAAGGUUACAAUACCUUAGGACCAGAAUACUUAUAUGGUGCUUCCAUCUAUGGUCGUCAUGAAAGUUUCCCAAAUCAAUAUUACACUAUAAAUAAUACAAAAGAUGGUAUGAUGAAAUCAUAUUCUAUGACAACUUCACCAGCCUCAAUUGAAAGUAUAUAUUCACAAAACAAUAUUAAUCAUAAUAACAUUGAUAAUUUAGCAAGCACUGGCAAUAAUAGUUCUGAUGAAAAUUAUGAGUUUAUUAGUAAUUUAAUUCAAUUUUUGACAAAAUUUGAACUGAAGUUUAAAGAAGUUAGUGUUUUACUGUAUUAUUCUCAUGAAAAUUAUGAACAGAUAAUGAGAAAUGUUAUUAAAGGUAUGAAGAAUGAAAAUGUUCGUGAAUUAUUAAUAAAUUUUAAAAAAAUUGUUGAAUUGUUGGAAAACAUUCAGGCUAAGUAUCCUUUAGAACAUCAACAUCGUCCUCAUCAACAUCACAAUUCUAAUCAACAAUUCACUCAUAAUGGUGGAGAUAACAGUAACAAUAAUCAUCAUAGUAGCAAUAUGAACAACAACAAUUCAAAUGGUAAAGCUCUAAAACGAUCUUCAAGUCAUCAAUUAAUCAGCAGUAGUUCCAAAAAAAGUAAGAAGAAACUUUUAAAUGGAUCAUCAAUGAACAAUAAUGGUGUAUCACUUUUGCCGAUUGAUAUUGAACAACAAACAAAUGAUGUAUUACUAGCAAGUGGACUUGGAAAUUUUGGUGACGCUAUCAAUGGAUCAUCAAAUAUUAAUGGUGGUCAAGUAGAACUGAAACCAGAAUUAUCAUCAAAACCAUUAGUUACUUGUCAACAUUGUUGUUCACAAGAAACACCAGAAUGGAGAAGAGGUCCAGAAGGUAGUAGAACUUUAUGUAAUGCUUGUGGAUUAUUUUAUUCGAAAUUGAUUAAAAAAUAUGGACUACGUGAAGCAGAUAAAGUUAUGCUUGAAAGAAAAAGCAAUGGAUCAGUUAAUGAUAGAAGAAUUUUUUAA